CAAGUACAUGACGUUGAAAGCGAUUCCUAAGUGUUUCAGCUACUACAAUUAAAGCGUUCAGUUGAAAGCAGCGACCUCACAAGUAAGCAUCACAGACAAGGAAUGGAUAUCAGCAUUAUCUUGCUUUCCAGUUGAAUAUUUAGUUGCGCUAUAUACCGGUAUACUUGACGCACCUUUCCUGAGGUACCCUCCUUUCGCUCUCCAGCUUCGGGAUGUGUUUCUAACGUUAUAGAAGAGCAAGGAUGACAGAUAGUGAUGAGGAGUCCAUAAGCGAAUCGGAGGAGGAGUAUUCUUCAGAGGAAUCCUCCGGAAGCGAUGAGUACAGCAGCAGCUCCGUCUCCGGCGAAUCUGAGGCUUCGGAUAGCCUCAAGGAUCGCCGGGACAGCCAUGGCAGGGCAUCGGUCUCAUCCAAGCAGCUCAAAACCAUGAUCACCAAUAAGGCAGUGCUGCAGGAGGGCGAGAUCCUGGACGCGCGCGUGCCCUCCAAGUUCCCUCGCAAGCCCAUGGUGGAGCUGACCGCCGGCUCCAACGUGUGGUACCAGGGGCGGGUGGUCAAGGAGAGCGCCAACGAGAUCAAGAUAGUCUACACAGUGCCCAACGCCCAGGGCCGUCCCAAGCCGCAUGUGGAGUGGAUGCGGAAGGCCUCCGCUCGCAUCUGGCGGGGCUCCUACAAGUCGCACGACUGGCGGCAUCUGGGUCGGGGCGCCUGGGAGCCGCGCAGGGCCCCCGCCAAGGGCAGCCGCAGCAAGCGUUCUGGCGGCGGCGGAAGCGCCUCGGGACGGUCUCGCAAGCAGCAGCAGCAGCAGAAACACCGCAGCCGGAAGGAUAGUAGCCGGGACACAGACUCCGAUGAGGAGGAGGACGGUCCGGAUGAAACCUCCAGCGAACGACCCAAAUCGCGGUCGCACCCACACGACAAGGGCGGCGGCAGUCAGCGGCGGCGCCAGAGCAGUCCGGACGAUGACGCGGGCGCAGAGGAGGUGGGCGGACCCAUGGGUCGGGCGGCCUCAGCGGCGGCGGCGACAGGCGCUGGCGGCUCUACAGGUCACGGCGGUGCGCGUCAUGUUGCAGGCAAGCAGUCCCUGUUAGGCUCCGAAGCCGCAGUAGCAGAUGCAUUAAGGCGAGGCGGCGGCGGUGGCGGCGACGCUAAGCCCCGCUCGGGGACGCACCAAGACGGCAGCGGCAGGCACCCGGGGCGUGACAAGGGCGGCAAAGACGCCUCCGCGGCUGCUGCUGCUGUGGCGGCCGCAGCCGCCGCCGCCAUGCAGCCCCGGGUUGUUGCUGACGCCGGCGCGGACGUGGAGGAGCAGGCCAGCGAGCACUCCCCGGAUAAUGUGGCGGAGUCGCCGGGGGGGUUCCUGUGCGACCAGUUCUCCACUCGCUGCACCCCGAGUGAGGAGGAGGGCGCGGAGGGGCGGGGGGCGGCGGGGGCCGCCGGUCAGCCGCCGGAUCCCAGCUAUGACCCGCUGGCGCGCUGGUUCCUGGCGCACUACAACCAGCUGCAGGCUGCAGGCACCCUGGCGUUGCUGCCCGGCGGCAUGUACGAAUGCGGCCGCCUGCCCCCUGGCUUCACCCUAGACCCCGCCACAGCCCUUAUCGUCCCCGACUGCCUCAACGGACGCAACGGUGGCGGAGGCUGCGGUGGCGGCGGCGGCGGAGGCUGCAACAACGGCCAGCUGCCUCCCGGACCUCCCGCAGCCCACCACCCGCACUCCCAUGCUGGCGCCAACGGCGGCUGCCUGCACAGUCAAUACAACCCAGCCUCCGCCAACAAUAACAACAACAACGCGCCCGUGGGUCGAUCCGCGGCUGCAUCCCCGGCGCCGUGUGGGGGCGGCGGCGGUGCAGGCGGUGCUAGCGGUUCAUCCACACCCGCGGAUCACCAUGCUCCGCAGCAGCAGCAGCAGCAAGGGAGGAGGUCCGGGGACGGCAGUGGGGCGCCGGGAGCGGGGCGAGGGGGCAGCAUGCAAGCUCCGCAGCAGCAGCAGCAGCAGCAGCGGAACAACACUACGAAGCAGACGAGCGGAGGAAGCAGUAAUGGACCGCGGGAACGUGACCGGGAACGGGAGCACCGGGAUCGAGGAGAGCGAGAUGGGACCUCGGCGUCACCGACGGCGGCGGGCGGGGGCGCGAGUAAGCGACAGGCGGCGGGCGCAGCGGAUGCGGGCGGGGGCGCAGACGCGGGGACAGGGACGGGCGGCAGUCAGGGCGGCAUGGCGGCACACCUGAUGAAGAAGCAAAAGCGUGCGGUGAUUAUCUCGGAUAGCGAGGACGAGGAGGGCGAUCCGCCGUUGCCGCCUGCAGCCCCCUCGCAGCAGGGGGCGGCUGCGGAGCCUCCAGCGCCGCCUGCCGCAUCCGGUCAGCAGGGCCGCUCGGCAGGCGCUGCGGGGCCGUCCGGACGGACAAGUGUGCAUGGUGGGGCGGCCACGGCUCCCAGCAUCAAGCAAGAGCAGCAGCAGCCUCCGUCGCGCGUGCAGGGAACAGCGGCCGGCGGCGGCGGCGGCGGAGGGGGAUCUGGUCGUACUGGCGUUGCGGGUAAUGGUGAUGGGGGAGGCGCUGCUGCACAGGGCGUGGCUCCGGGAUCAGGGGGUGCUACGGCUCGAAGCGGUGGCGGCGCGGGUCAGAAUGGAGGUGGCGGGGCAGGCGUGUCGGGACAGGCCGCGGCGGCAGGUGGCGGCGCAGAAGGCACCACGGGGACUGGGCGGAGUGGUUCUGGGGCGGCUGGGGGAAAUGCUGGUGGUCUUGCUGG